CCCGUUGCUGUCACCGCUUUCUGCAGACCCUUGUCACCGAGCUGCAGUCAUCUUCAGGCGCUGUCUUUGAGCAUCCGGUCUCCUCCUCCUCCUUCCGUACGCCUCCCUCUGAACGUUGCGUUCGGGAGUUCGCGAAGCUGGCUCGUCAUCGGCAUUCCUUCCUGUACCCUUCCCUCGAUCACGCUGCUGAGGCUCGCCGUACAGCAAAGCCAUGUCCCAUCGUCCCGCCAUCAGCUUGACGGGUGCUCAACCUGCAAGAAGCCGCUCGGUCUCUCAGCCUCUGCGGGAAGGUGUCGCAACGCAAUCUUUUUCUUCGCUUGCUACCCAAUCCCAUCCAGACCCGCGAACUUUCCUUCGUUCACACUCAACACAGGCGGUUCUGCGGAGCACUAUCAGCGGCAGCAACAGUUCCCUCAAUGCUCCAGGAUCUGACGCGACUUCGCAGCAUCCUGGUUUUAAGGGUCGGGCCAGGAGCUCCAGUUUGAUGACUGUUACCGAGGUCGGCGGGAACGAGACUGAAAACGUGGUUGAUAGGCUCGGCGUGGGCUCGAAUGAGAACGCUGCCUGGGUCAACGCCCCUGGCGCCUGGCUCAUUCAUCCUGUGCUCAUCCUGGUCGCCAAAUUGCUCAUAGACGCCAUCCCGGGCAUGACACAGGAUGUCAGUUGGACUAUCGUCAAUCUCGGAUACAUGGCUGCAUCCUUCCUUAUGUUCCAUCACGUCACUGGAGUACCUUUUGAGGCCGCCUUGAGCACAGGAGGGGCUUAUGACGAUUUGACCUUGUGGGAACAGAUCGACGCUGGUGCCCAAUACACCCCUGCCAAAAAGUGGUUGACGUCUGUCCCGAUUGGCUUAUUCCUCAUAUCAACCCAUUACACGCGUUACGACUACGUCCUCUUCGCUCUCAAUUUUGCAGCGACUGUCUUUGUCUUGUUCCCAAAGCUGCCGGUGCUACAUAGGUUGCGAUUUCACUUUCUGAGCCCCGAUGUAGCUCCGACACCUCGAACAUCGCGUCCGCCUUCCCCCUCCAAUCAAAGCCGAUCGUGACGGAUCCGUGCUAUAGAGUUCCAGCCAUAUUCUGUACCAUGAUCAGCCGCCUACAUGUGAUGAUGAUGCGCACCAUGACCAGCUCUUCGAUGACAC